AUGUCUCUUACAACAGUACGUUAUAAAUUUAAAGGAAUUCAAAAUUAUUAUACUUCUAUAAAUGUUCUUUAUACUGUUAUUUCAUUAGUAUUAUUAUUAAUAGGAAAUUAUGUUAGAGAAUUAACAUAUCCAUUCUCUUCUGGAGUAAUAUUAGGUCUUAUCAUAUGUAAUCGUCAAAAUCAUGUUAGUAUUGUUUUUUAUAUAAUACUUCUUUCUUUUGCAUUACUUGCUCAAUUGGCAGUUGCUGCAGUAUGUAUCUUUCAUACAACAACAAGUGAAUUAAAUGAAGAAGUUAAAUAUCAUUGGAAAAAUUCAAAUAAUGAUCAAAUUUUUAAAUUUGAAAAUCGUUUUGAUUGUUGUGGUUUAACAUCAACAAUGGAUUCAGCUGUCAAUUGUACAUUAUUAAAAUGUUCCCAAAAUAAAGAUUGUGAUCCAUGUAUAAAUGUUAUUAGUAUAAAAAUUUUAGAAGGAUUAAUACUUGCUGGAUCAGUUGGAAUUGUUACUUCAGUAUUUUAUUUUAUUGGAAUUUAUGCUGCUUACAAGUAUAAACAGGGAAUCGAUGAUUACUGGGAAGAUCAUUUAAUGAUAAGUGAAGAGAGUGAUAGUGAAUUUUACUAUGAAUAA